GGGUCAUUACAUUAGUCUAACCAAGAAAGUCACAAACACGUUUACUCCAAGAAAAAAGAAACCACCUCAAAUCUCAUCUCAAUCUUCCAAAACUAACAACUAACACAUCUCCUCUUCAUUCUUGUACCAAACAUGGCCCCCACUCUUUCUCACCGUCCGAUCCACAUCAUCUUCUAACAUCUCUCCCGCUUCUUGCUCUUUUCUUACAGAGAGAGAGGGAGAGAGAUCUUAUAUAUCCACAAACAAACACAAACCCUUUUGCUUUCAACUCAAAACCAAACAGCCCAGUUGACCAAACACUUGAAACUCUUUCAACAACACCUUCCAGAUCCACCCAAUUCCCAGAUCUCAAAAACCCAUUAUACAUUUCUACUUACAAGGGGUUGAGUUGAGUUGAGUUGUGUUUGAUUCAAUGAAAGGCAAUGGGCAGUGGUUCACGAUAGGGUUAGUGUCAGCUUGGUACACAUCAAACAUAGGUGUAUUAUUACUCAACAAGUACUUGUUAAGUAAUUAUGGAUUUAAGUACCCUAUAUUUCUUACAAUGUGUCAUAUGACUGCUUGUUCUUUAUUGAGUUAUGUUGCAAUUGUUUGGAUGAAGAUGGUUCCCUUGCAAACUAUUAGGUCUAGACCUCAGUUUUUAAAGAUCUCAGCUUUGAGUUUGGUGUUUUGUGGCUCUGUGGUUAGUGGUAAUGUUUCACUUAGGUAUCUUCCGGUCUCCUUUACGCAGGCUAUUGGCUCCACAACGCCCUUUUUUACUGCUGUGUUUGCGUAUAUGAUGACUAAGAAUAGAGAGGCUUGGUUGACUUAUGCCGCCUUGAUCCCGGUUGUUACGGGUGUUGUCAUUGCUAGCGGGGGUGAACCGAGUUUCCAUUUAUUUGGUUUUAUAAUGUGUGUUGGUGCUACUGCGGCGAGGGCUUUAAAGUCGGUGCUUCAAGGGAUUUUGCUGACCUCAGAAGGGGAAAAGCUGAACUCUAUGAACCUUCUACUUUACAUGGCACCUGUUGCUGUAAUGUUCUUACUGCCUGCGACAUUACUAAUGGAGCAUAAUGUUGUCGGCAUCACAGUUGCUCUUGCAAGAAAUGAUGUCAAGAUAAUUUGGUAUCUGCUCUUUAAUUCUGCCUUGGCAUAUUGUGUGAACUUGACCAACUUCUUGGUGACUAAGCACACCAGUGCUUUGACUCUCCAGGUAUUGGGGAAUGCAAAAGGGGCCGUUGCUGUGGUGGUUUCAAUUUUGAUAUUCAGGAAUCCUGUCUCCGUAACAGGGAUGAUGGGAUACUUUCUUACAGUUAUUGGUGUUAUUCUGUACAGUGAAGCCAAAAAGAGGAGCAAAUAGGACUCUCUUUUAUCUUGUUUGUAUCAUAGUAUAAAACCCAAUUUUUUUGAUAUCAAAGCUUUACCACGAUUAUGCUGUUGAUCCCAUAUGUGACUCCUCCAGUUAUCUUUUUCUGGAAACCAGAAAAAGGCAUAUUCUGACUGUUGCUUCAGUACGAUACGGGUGCAACGUCGUCAAAAAUCUGGAAGCAUGGACCUCCAGGUUCCUCUCUCCAUGACCUUCAGGUGAUAAAGUGUUAAGAGACUCCUAUUCUUUACAAAACUCAAUCAAGUGAUUUUCUUAUUUGUUAGACCAUUAUUUAGUAAUUCUCUGUAAACUUGUAAACUUCUGUAUGAUCAUAAAAGAUAUAAUUAUAUUGUAUAAAUAUUAUAGCUGAACUGCCAA